CCAGAGGAGUUGGGAAUCAGACAAUUGGAAAUACUCGUGGGAGUUGGACCUGAACUUACUAAGAAUAAAGGAAAACACAACCGAAGACGUCAUCAUGCUCUCAAAGAAUCUUCUAGUGAGCCUGUUACUGCUCAACUUAGUGGCGUCUUUAGUGGCAGCCACCGUGACCACCCGUCGCAUCCAGCCGAGGGAAACGAACUCCUGCGAGGGUCGCCAGACCCCUGGACCCAUCUGCGAGUCCUGCGAGCUGCUGGCCACCUGUGUGCGCCACUCGAAUGGCUGGGUGAACAUCCCCGUGGAGUCGUGCGACGUGGCAAAUGGAUACUACUGCAACGCCCGACUGGGCAGCUGCACCAACGAGACGGGUCCCUGCCACCCGUUCGGGAUCGAGGGCAACUUCCAGUGCACCUCGCAGGGCAUCUUCCCGGAUCCGUACGACUGCCAGAAGUACCACAUGUGCUACUUUGUGGGCGCCACCUUGGUGGCCGCCGCCGUGGACUGUGGCAACGACAAGGCCUUCGAUGCGCGGACGGGUCAGUGCACCCUGACCCUGACCGACUCGGUUUGCCUGCAGCGGCAGUACAACUGCCCCAACGCCGGACACGUGGCCCCCUGGCCCACAAACCCCAACAUCUUCUACGUGUGCAAGUCGACGGUGAACCAGAAUCUGAACGACACUAUCGUCAUCUAUCCCUCGCUGCACAGGUGCAACGACGGGGAGACCUUCGUGGACUACGUCUGCCGCAGCGGAUCGAAUGUCCUGCCGCCCAACUCGGAAGACAACUCGGAGGUCAUCGUGGACCCCAACGAUGACGGCUUCUCCGUGAUGCCCAGCACCUGCCAGCACGUGGGGCUGAUCGCCGAUGGAAACGACUGCCGGAAGUACUACUACUGCUCGGCCCUGAAUGGCAGCCUGCGGCACAUGGAUUGUCCCGAGGGCACCUACUACCGCCCCGAGUUGUCCUCCUGCGUCCUGGGAACUUGCUAACUUUACUUGUUCUUCAAGAGAGUAACCUUAAUAAAUUAUCAAAAGGGCGAAUCACUUAUUAGGCUCUUAUUUAUUCAAGUUGUUAUGUGCCUAUCGUAAUGGUUUCUUUAAAAAAAUCAACAAAUAUAAAUUCGGUGAUCCUUAAAAA